AUGGCUCCACGAGUACGGCCGACCGCAACUCCGACUCGGAGAGGGACAAGACCUUCCGCCAUGAGGACGCCCGCAGUGCCACCGGCUCCAGCAGGACCAUCGGCUCCAUCAGGAAGCACAUCCCAAUCUGCAACACAGGGAGCCACGCAGGGAGCCACGCAGGGAGCCACGCAGGCAGCCACGGGGAGAGCAACAUCCUCCAGGCCAUCUCGCAGCAAAUCGCCCUCGAAGCGUGCAACAACUACCGCACCGUCUAGACGCACUCCGGCAAGAUCAGCAUCACCCAAGAAAAACCCCAAAGCCACACCGGCGAAGAAAACGCCUAGGACGACCAAACGCACCAAGGCAACGCCAAAAGCCAACAAGAAAGAUGACAAAGACACGGAAGAUGAGGAACCACCUACCGCACCUGACAACAAUGAUGACAAUGGCGAAACAGACAUACCUAUCAAACGUGAAAGCGUGUCUCCGCCUAUCAAACGCGAAAGCAAGUCUCCCACUUCCAGCAUCAGGUCGGCUACACCAACUCCGGCUUCAAAGACCGCCAAAGCCAAGGCAGGCAAGAAGAAAACAAAGUCUUUGGAUCAACAGGCGUAUAUAAAUGUCGAGAGCUCAGAAGACGAGGACAUAUCAACAGAGCAAGCCGCGCCCACUCCCAAAGGGAAAGAAAAGGCGGUGGCGAUCAAACAGGAGCCCUUGAGCGAGGAGGAAAACGACAUAGAACAGGAAGAGCCUGUUGCAAAGACUCCCACCCGCAAAAGGAAGACCAGACCAUUUGAUGACCAACCUUACAGGUCUAAUGGAGAAGAUUCAGAGGACGACGACGACGAAGAACUCGAUGAUAACGUCCCUGGAGAUUUGCCGCCCAAUCCACCCCCAAGAAUCACUCUCACAUUCAGUCAAGACCAGCACGACCGUCAGAUGCGAGAGCUUGCAGAAAGACGAGCCCGUGAAUCAUCUCCAUCUCCCAGCUCGUCAUCGUCUAGCUCGUCGGCGUCUUCCAACUUGUCGGCAGGUUCUCCCAGACCGGCUCCCCAGCAAGGCAGAGGUUCCCCUGCGAAGCGUCAACGAACGACAUCACCCAUGGUCGCCGGUCCCUCACGCUCUCGCAGCAGAACUCCUCAGACUCAGACUGUGGAUCCCAAUGACCCGCUUGUCCUCGCGGAGAAACUAUUUGCGGACAUUGAAGAGGUACCAAGGGCACUGGAUCUCGACGAAAUCGGCGCUCUCUUCAUGAUCUUGCAAGAGAAGAUCUCGCGGUUCUGCAGCAACCAUUUCGACUUCGAACUCACGGCAGAACAAGAGAAGGCGUGGCCCAUGCAUCUCUUAGCCACCAAGUACUUGUCGCUGAUGCUGAUGACGCAAAGAAUCGCCGAUGGGAGCGAAUACGGCUGGCAGAACUUCUUCACAAAACGCGAACACCGACGGCAUCUCGUCCACGGCAUCAUCGGCGAAUGGUUCCACCAACGUAUAUUUAAACAUACCGCUUUCAGCAUCCCUGGCGACAAAGUCCGCGAACUCGAAGACAUUGACCACAAGUAUCUCCACUACGAUGCCUUUGUGCGCAACAAGAAGAAGGCCGAGUGUCUCGAGGAACUCAAAAUCGGCGAAGAAUAUUUUCCUUCGAACGAUUUCCCGAACAACUACGAGCAUCUGGACAAUCUGGAGAUCGCCGCUCGGAGGAUGGCCACCAACUUGCUGCUUGUCAUGGAGCCACUCCUCCCGCCUCCGUUCUUUGACCCCCUCGUGCCCAGAUGGAGACAGUCAUCGAAAGUCAGGGAUGAAGGGGCCGAAAUGCGGUUUCAGAUCUGGCUCGACCUCGUCGCGUUGAUCAGGAUGGCUGGCAGUCUGCAUCUCUGUAUCCGCUUUGCUGGCAUCAACGGCGUCGUCGUGCGCAUCGCACCACACGUUCCCAAGGGUACCACACUGCGCCGGGACGACGCAGAGAGGAACAUUUGCGUCAAUGCCAACUGGUUAAAUGUGCAAACUGAUCGAUCUGUGAACGCAAACGAUCAGUUGCAGGUGCGGAUGACCUGCUUUGGACGAGUCGAAGCUGUUGUCCCGCACGGCGCGGACGUGCUCGAACUCGAACAGGAACAGGAAGCAGCUCGAGCAGCAGGGAGAGAACUCACCCGAGAAGAAGCCGAGGAACGACUCUUCAACCUGUAUCCAUAUGACUUGCAAGAGACGGACGCCGGAAGGGAUGCCGUUGCGGAUCUGCCACCGAUCCCAGGCACAGAGUGGUCCACGGCUAUCCUCAAGGCCGGCAUUCAGGAACGUCAAGACACAAGACGUGGACGCCUUCUCCGGGAUGACGAGUUGAUGGACCAAGCAGGUCCUCAGAGCGGUGCAUUCGUCACCGUCUAUCCACGAGUCGCCCCUUCGAACCUCUACUGCGAAUGGGUCUCUUCGUCCGAGAAACAGGCGACAUUCCCACCCAUCGCAGACGCGCAGCCCCAGCCGCCCAAGCAGACCCUCGCCGAAGUCGUCGCAGAAGCACGCCGCGAAAAGUUCAUCUCCUGCUCUGUCGAGGACGCCUAUCUCGCGGUCUGGAACACCGUUUCGCGGCGCGAGUUCCUCGAGUGGCUGGUGUUUUCCGGCAGCAUCGCUGGCGUCAGCGCACUUUCAGCCCCAUGGAUCCGGAGCAAGAUUGAGAGUCUCAACUUGGCAGACCGAUCGAGAGAUGUCGCGACAAGCAUUCAACUCGGUGCCGCCCGUGCUUUGUCUUCUGCGGCGAACUGGCGAGGUGCCCUCCAGGAUGCUUCGGCAUAUGUAUCCCAACUCAUCGCGCCGACUGCUGCAAGCACCCUGACGGUCACAUCCGUUGUGACGGACUGGACCACGACGACCGCGCCGCAAGUCGUUGAAGCGACGACUCUUGCAGGAGGCGAGCCGAUGGAAGGUGUCACUUACUCCUCUGCUGCUUCUUCUCAGGGUUUUGUUUUCGACCACCUUCUCGAGGAACUGAGAGGAUUCAAAGGCCCCACCAGCCGACGAGUCAUUGCGCAAGACGACCCGGAUUAUACCAUGGUCGCGAGGCUCUUUAGCGAACAGAUGGGUUUCGUUCAACCGCCAACAAAAACAAGCUCCACUAGGGCCGCAACCCACACCGUCUCCUAG